GACUCCCUGCUUUCUUGUGCCCUAACUCCCCAUGCCUCUCUAGCCCAUCUCACCUACCCCAGGCUAGCCAAGAGUCCUGUGCUUUCUCCAGCUAGACACUGUGAUGAGUCUGUCUUCCUAUUUUAGGUGCAAGCUCUCUCCCAUCAAGUUGUGUCCCCAUGCCUGGGUCCUCUCUAUGAGUGAAGCCUUGCUCUGCCAUGGAACCUGGCUCUGCCCUGGCCUGGCUCCUGCUCCUGAGCCUGCUGGCUGAUUGUCUGAAAGCUGCUCAGUCCCGAGACUUCACAGUGAAAGACAUCAUCUACCUCCAUCCUUCAACUACACCAUAUCCUGGUGGAUUUAAAUGCUUCACCUGUGAAAAGGCAGCAGACAAUUAUGAAUGCAACCGGUGGGCUCCUGACAUCUAUUGUCCUCGAGAGACCAGAUACUGCUACACUCAGCACACAAUGGAAGUCACAGGAAACAGCAUCUCUGUCACCAAACGCUGUGUCCCACUGGAAGAGUGCUUAUCCACUGGCUGCAGAGAAUCAGAGCAUGAAGGCCACAAGAUCUGCACCUCCUGCUGUGAAGGAAAUAUCUGUAACCUGCCACUCCCUCGAAAUGAAACUGAUGCCACAUUUGCCACCACAUCACCUAUAAAUCAGACAAAAGGGCCCCCACACUGUAUGUCGAUGCUCAUGUCCUGCUUGUGGGUGUGGUUAGGACUCACUCUGUAGCAGCUCAAGGCACCAUGGGUAAUAGUGAUGCAUAGGGAUCAUAGGAGCCCCUCGUCAUGCAUGAGUUGUUGACCUGGCAACAUUUCAUACAUAAGACCACAACACUCACACGUGUUAUCACGACGAGGCACUACCAUUGCCAUGUUUCACUGUUGUCAUUUCCAGUCCAGCCAAGACUCUAUCCAAGCCAGCCUGUCCCGAGUACAUUCCCUGGGUUCUAUACCACAAACCUUUGUUUAACUCCAUGAAAGAGCUCUGCAUGUGUUACAACCAGAGGUUCUUGAUUUGGAAUCCAUGUGUGAGCUGUAGGAGGUCCUGGGACCAUCUAAAGAGUGUGUUAUAUGGGUACACGUAAAAGUUUGGGUAAAGAACCACUAGAUUUAUUCUAAUUAUGAAUUCAUGUAUGGUUUUAGAAUCUUACAACUUUGAAUCCCAGUGUGGAUGGACUAUUGUAUUUUCAGUUCCAACCAAGUUUCUCAAAGUGCAAUUUGCUCUACGAAAUUUGCUCAAUUUAGUUUUCCCGAUCUCCUUUUCUUGAGGCCAAGAAUUAUUUCCCUUUGCUUUGCCUGGGAGAUAAAAAGGGGCAAUCAUAAAAGUUUGGUAUUUGUAAGGGUGGCUAGAGAAAGAUUUUCCCCAACUUAAAGGAAUUAGCAUUUAUAAAGUAGUUAUGCUUAUCUCUUUAUAUAAUUACAGAGAUUAGCUUUGAUUGGAGAAUUAAUUUGUUCCACAAAACCUUCCAUUUAACCUGGGCCAAUGGUAUCCCAAAGUUGGACGGGAUUACUUUUACCAGGUGUUGGGUUCCUUUUACGCAUAACUAAUUCAGACGGAGAUGAUGGAAUUUGGGAUAAAAGAGAGACCUUUGAAGGUUAGUUCUAGUUUAUUCUAAGGGCCCAAAAGUGGCCCAGCAUCUUUCAUCAUUAUCUGUAGCUCUUGGUUUCAAAAAGCCUUAUCCUUCCACAUUCCCAGUGAUUUUUUUAGGAUGAAGGUUAUGGAUUAAAUUGUCUUUAGACCAAUAGAUAAGGAAGACAGAAUAUGCUAAGAUUAGAAAAAGGUGGUUUGUAAGACUAGUAAAGAGACUAGUAAAAUAGUAUGGUUUUGUUUCUUUUAGAUAUUGUUUUUGAAGUAGCAGAUAAAAUGUUCACCAUCUUGCAUAUAUUGUUGACACCCAAAGUUACAAUUUUUCUUCUUCCUUGUAAAUUCUUUAAACAGUAUUUAUUUUUAUAUGGCAUAACCAAAAACUAAAAUAUAUCCUGAAAAGUUCUUUAUUCUGAGCAAAUCUUAAUGCUUAUUUUUCAAUAGUGGUAAAGCUUUUAAUAUAUGUUUGUGGAAAGUUAUCUCUAAAAAUUGUACCAGUGUUUGAAAAAAUUUAAUGCAUUAUGAGCAAGAGUAAUAUGCUUGCUUCAAGGUUCCUGCUCAUGGUUUUCUCAGCGGUAUUGUCUCAGAAAUAUUCAGGUGGAAUCCAACACUGGUCAGAAUUUCUGUUGUAUAGUAUGUUUUUGUGUAAUGUGAUGGAGCCAGGACUGAUAUAGAUGACAGCAUGAUGAGGGCCCAUCUGCUGUGCGCAGAAAGCUAUCUUUGGCUCAAAAAAUGAGACCCCCCCUCAGGGACUAAAUGUGAACUGACAGCAGUGACUCUGAUACAAAACAAUCAACAUUAUAUCACAUGGCCUUAAUUCAGAGUUCUGUAGGCUUAUCAUUUUGCACUGGGUGCUUAUAAUUGGAGUUGGGAGUCAAGGGAGAGAAAGCAAGACAUGCAUGAAGCACCUCCUAUGUGCCAGGCACUAUGCUAAGCACUUUACAUAGCUAGGUCAUAUAAUUCCUGCAAGAACCCUCUAAGGAAUAGCAAUAGUAUUUAUACUUUACUAAUGAAGGUUCUGAAGCUCUAGGAAGUUCAAAGCUUUUCCUGAAGAUGAAGCAGAAUGAGUGGACUCAAUGGGAAAGUAAAUUACCCUCCUAGGAAAACAUCUAGGUCUCACUUCAUAGAAAUUUGUCUAUCUUUAUCAUGUGGAGUUUAUCUUACCCCUGCUUCUACAAGAUUCCAUUUGCAUGUGUCCCCAGUUGAUGUUUUUCCCCCCACUGUGGGGAACAAGGUUAUGGCUCCCUAUUGCUAGGAGGAGACAGUUGAUUCCACAUCUAAAGAUGCUAUAAAGCAAUGAAAAUCUGAUGUUGUACAUAUCUACAAGUACAAAUUUGUGCAUGGUCACACUCCACAGACACUUUCCAAGUUCUGCAUGCAAUUUGAAGAAGAAACAAGGGAGUGACAACAACAGAGCCUCACUGGCUGGUGUCCAGGAACCAGGUCCACAAAGCUGGAGACUCAUCCAACCCCCAGGGACUUACUGCAGAUACUGCACAAAUGGCUGCAUGCAUCCCAAACACCUGUCAAAAUGGCUUUUGUUUAAUUCUUUUGAAAGAAAGUGGUUUGUCAGCCCUCUCUUCAGGAAUUAAGGAAGGCUCAUUCAUGUGGUAGUUCCAAGAUUUGUUAGCCAUCUGACUUUUCUACUACAUUAUAUUUUCCAUCAAAACUCAACAUUGGUGAUGGCUUAAAGUGCAGAGAGCCAUGAUGUGUAUAUUAAUAUAUGUGACACUUAUUUAUUUUUAGAUUCCUUCAAACACUCAUGUCAAUAUGAUAUCAAUGCAUAAAUGUUGUAAAUAUUGUACAUUUUGUAAAUAAUGAAUAAAAAUUUUAAGUGUA